AGCCUUAUUUGCUUCAAGCCCGCUGCCAUGCCGCGACUGGAUCGCCCAGGCGCAGUUCUUGGCGCAGCCGGAGCCUUCUUGCUUUACCAGCACCAGUCGCUGCAUGGAUGGCAGCCCGGCUUUGCCUGCGGCUCCAUGGAUUUGGCUAACCCCAGUUUACAGCUGACGAAUCAGGCGCGUCUGCCUGCGCUUGGCUUGAGACCAGGCGCAGAGAGCGCGAGUGCACUGAGGCCAGCUCGUUUGAAUCUGAAGAGCAGCUGGCAUUUAGUCGAGGGAGGAGCUGAGCCUCGCCUGCGGAUCAAACGAUCAGCUCUUGUAGGUGUUCUACUUGGACUUUGCCUUGGCUUUGCCACGGCUAUGUCAAGUGCCCAGGCCUUGCAGGCAGCACCGGCUGCAGCUGCGGCAAAGCCUCAUUUGGGAGUUCGGCUGGCCAUGAAGAUGAAGCAGUCCUUUGGUAUCCCAGACUGGGCCAUCCUGAUGCUUCUCUCAGCACUGCCUUUGGUGGAGCUUCGAGGGGGUGUCCCUGUGGGCCUUUGGAUGGGAUUGGCUGUGCCACAGGUGUUGCUGCUUUGUAUCGUGGGCAAUAUGAUUCCAAUUCCGCUGCUGCUCGCCGCACUGAGGAGUGAGAAGAUAAACAAGCUUCUUUCACCUCUACUAAAUCGUGCCGCUCAGAAAACAGAGCCGAUUGGAGCGCAUGACCGCUGGGUUGGCAUAGCUGCGUUUGUGGGUGUUCCACUGCCUGGGACGGGGGCGUGGACGGGGGCAAUGGUCGCGCACUUGUUGGGCAUGGACUUGUUUGAGGCUGUCUCCUCGGUGUUGGCCGGUGUAAUUGUGGCUGCAUGCAUCAUGGCGUCUCUCACCCUGGCCGGCUGGUUUGGCUGCGCAGCAGUGGUUGAGUGAGAGGUACUGCUGGGUGUUGUCGCUUUGGCUAGCCGGUGGCUGCAGCUGAGAAAGGGAUGAUUGGAAUUUAGCUUAGACCGGGUUUGGUGCGUUUGAAGCACCCGGCGUGGCCACAAAGUAUCAGUCUCACAGCGCCAAGUUUUCGAAACAUGCAGACGACCGGCUCUCUGCAAGCCAUCGCUACAACGGAGCAAUGGUGCUGCCUCAAAAAUUGAGCGGAACGGAAGAAAGUCAGAAGCAGGCAGGCAGCAUCAUGGUUUUUCGACAUGCUUCAGUUUGGCUCAUUGAUUUGUAGCAUCAUGAUC